GCGAGUCGGUUGUCGGUCGCACCGUUUCGUCCAAGAACCGCCGCGAGCGUCAGCUUCAACACACGAGUGUUUCGUAGAGGUGUAGCGAACGCGUUGCAGAUGUUAUUACGGCCCUUCUACGAAACAACGAAACCGUUUUCGAAAAAAAUCCCGUUGAUAAUAGGUGCAUGUGGACGUGUUUGUGUGUAGUUCGACAUAAAUAUUUGUUGUGAAAAGUACGGUGCAUACUUUUUCUAGUUCGUGUUGUACGUUGUCGUUUUAACGGCCGCUUCUUCUCUAGCCUUCGCAUCGAACAACUUGAAUUAAAGCACCGCCGGCAAUGAGGGUGUGCUAGCAGGGAGAUGGAACCACCGGGAUGGGCAUGCGCACACACCCAGGGGGCAAGUCUCGUCCGCUGACCGCCACCACAUUAGCUACGGUACCUCUUCUAGCUGGCUUUGCCUUCCUAUUACUACAAACAGCCUUUUGUAAUAACACCGAGGCGACAACCGUGCCCCAGGAUGCUGUACACAUCACGGCCAUUCUCGGUGAGUCCGUGGUGUUCAACUGCCACGUCGAUUUUCCCGACGAUCAGCCCGUGCCAUACGUGUUGCAAUGGGAGAAGAAGGUAGGCGACACGGUUCCUUUGAACACAAGCCGUACCAAGAGGGUGGUGCCUACAACGGGACAGGAGAUACCCAUCUACAUAUGGUACGAAAGUUACCCGACACACAGUGCCGAUGGGUACCAAGGUCGUGUGUCGAAAGUGUCCCCCGAUUCACCCUACGGAGCCGCUUCCCUUAACUUGACAAAUAUUCAAGAAUCCGAUCAAGGAUGGUACGAAUGUAAGGUUGUGUUCCUUAAUCGCUCCCCCAACCCAACGAAAAAUGGAACAUGGUUCCACCUGUCAGUACACGCACCCCCUCGUUUCGUCGUCACCGCAGACGACAUUAUCUACGUCAAUUUGGGAGACGCCAUCAUCCUUAACUGCCAAGCGGAAGGUAACCCAAUACCGGAAAUUGUAUGGUACAAAGACGCAAAUCCCGUAGAACCCUCACCCACAAUAGGUAUAUUUAACGAUGGGACUGAACUUCGUUUAUCUAAUAUAAGGCACGAGGAUAUCGGAGACUACACAUGUAUUGCUCGAAACGGCGAGGGCCAAAUAUCCCACACAUCGCGGGUUAUUAUUGCAGGUGGAGCUGUGAUAAUGGUACCGCCGAUCAACCAGACGAAGCUUGAAGGUGAAAAGGUGCAAUUUAACUGCGAGGCGAAAGCUUUACCCGGCAACGUAACAGUGAAAUGGUUUCGGGAAGGAGCUCCCGUGAGGGAGGUCGCCUCCCUCGAAACUCGCGUGACCAUUCGAAGAGACGGCUCUCUGGUCAUAAACCCAGUCAGUGCGGAUGAUUCGGGUCAGUACGUGUGCGAAGUAAGCAACGGAAUCGGGGAACCGCAAUCUGCCUCAGCUUAUCUGAAUGUGGAAUUUUGGGGUGUNGCAACUAUUGUCACUGCAACUCAAUUAGUUGUGGAAGGUACCCAACCCCAUGCUCCUUAUAACAUUUCGGCAUCCGCCUCCGAGUUCUCCGUCACUCUUUCUUGGUUGCCAGGAUACAGUGGCGGUCCAGACUACAAACAAGACUAUACGAUCUGGUAUCGGGAAUCGGGUGUUACCGAAUGGUCCACCAUACCCGUAACCCCAUCGGGUAGCACGCAAGUAACCAUAAACAGAUUAGCUCCUGGUACGACAUACGAAUUUCAAGUGAUAGGAAAAAACGCUCUAGGAGAGGGAAUGAUGAGCAAUGUUGUUACCAUAAGAACGUUGGAUGUUGGAUUGCCGGCUGCUAAAGGAGUUGCGACUACUCCUCCUAUUCCACCUCCUAGCGAGUCCGCGAAAUAUCUUUCACUCGCAGGCCCUAAGCCCGGUCCGCCUCGAAAUCUGACCGUGACAGAAAUAAGUAAUGGCUUUUUGAUAACUUGGCAACCGCCUCUAGAAGGAACUAAACUAGUGCAAUAUUACAACAUUAAAUACAGGACGGAAAAAGAAUGGAAAUCGCUCAACAAAGGCCCUAUAAGGGCCGAGGAUACGCAAUAUUUAGUUAAAAAUCUGGUAGGCGGAAGAACAUACUAUUUCAAAGUUCUCGCCCAUUCGCCAAAUGGUUUCGAGAGUAGCGAGGAUGUGAAAUUUCCUGUACCGGCAAGGGUCAAGCACAAAGCCAUCACAGCGGGAGUCGUGGGAGGCAUUUUGUUCUUUAUCGUAGCCAUAAUCUUAUCCAUAUGCGCCGUGAAAAUAUGCAAUAAACGUAAACGACGGAAACAAGAAAAAGCGUACAACAUGGUCGCCUGUAGGAUAACGGACGCACGUAAUGGCGCGACAGACAGCCAAGUGCCUUUGAAAAAGACCGUUGAGUCAGAUUCCUAUCGUGAUUACGAGAGCGUGUUUAUAAUUCCUGGGACAAGCGUUGACACAAACCGAGGAAAAAAGGUGAAGAGUUGCGCGGCUGUUGAACCAACAUCUUCUGUUCGCACCCUCACAUACUUAGAAAAGGCCGAAUACCAUUUAGCAGUACUAGCCUUCAUAGUCAAUUGGGUGUGGCCUCGGGACCGUUGUCGUUCAGGUAGCAGCCUGAGUUGGCAUCCCGAUUACUUUAAUCCUGGAUCACCGUCGAAGUCCUUGGCAAAAAUUUCGCGUGCAGCCGACGGACGCUUUCAUCUUGCAGAUUCUUCAUAUAGUUCCCGCGCCGGCACCCCUUCCAAUGGCAGUAGCAGCGACGACGGAGGUUUUUUGACCAGAAGAGGUGUGCGAAAUCGUGCAUCAUGGAGAAGACCUUUGGUCGGUUAUCCCAGCGAACUGAGUCUUCGCACUGACGCUUCUGGUCAAAGUGCAAGGGUAACUCUUCCGAACGUCCCUGGGCCCGCAAUCGGUGCCCACUACCUGUAUCCUGUACGGCCUGUUCCAACCAUUUACAGUCCUACGACACCUCUGUUCCAAUCUAGUAGUCCCGCGGAUUCUAACGCAUUGCUUUUGUCACCGUGGUCACCAAUGUACUUCAGCGAUCUCAGUUCGGUGAGAUAUCCCAGUUCUGGCGAGAGAUCUUACCCAACGCCACCAGGUUUUAUGCAGUUAAGAUCGAUUCACGAAAAGUAUUCACAGGAAUUGCCAUCGCUUCGCGCAAUCCACGAAGAAUCGACGUUUAUACCGGUGCAUCCGAUUCAUCCAAGUCCUGUAUCUCGAGUUCGACUACCUCCACACUAUCCUGUGUUGCAAAACGUUAGGCCCCGAGCAAGACUGUUACCCAGACAUGCACGAAUCGCUAGAAGCGCGCCCGAACUUGGAUCUCCCGAUCACCCCGACAGAUCCCCGGAGAGUCGUUCCAGUUCCAGCGGGUUUGGAAGUAAAAAUACGUCUCAACAAAAUCAGAGUUCGCAAAGUGGAAGUACCUUUACUGAUUGGCGUUUGCCACCCUACAGACCACCUCCUCCGCCGUCGUCGUCAGCCCUUCCGCCGCCACCACCCUCGGUCGGUCACUGGUUAGAAAUGGCUUCAUCGUCUCCUUCGACAUCAGAACAAACCCACAAAGCCGUGGACGUUGGAAGUGUGGAUGGACACUACGAAUUUGAUCCAUCCACUCCAACACCAACGCCAUCAACCCCAACUGAACGACGAGACACCGAUUUAGACGCUGUAGGACUACGGAAAUCGUAUAAUACGCUGAGGAGCAAUCGAUAUGACAACAUUGAAGCUAGAGUACGGGCGAUGAAAGAAGAAUUUCACGAAUUCCGAAAACGGCAAGCCAAAAGGAAACGAAGUCAAGAACUAGAGAGUGUUUGCUAACCACAUGGGAAAUGAGCGCAACGAUCAAUGUGUACUUAUAAUUUAUAGUGUUACGUUUUGUAAGUUUGAAAUAUACGUUCAAAUUCAAACUGAUUAACAGACCAAAUUGUAAAGGACUUCUUUGUACUAGCAUGUAAGAAAAUUUAUAAUCCCUAGAGCUAGAUUCUAGACAAAUUCUUGCCGAUGGACCAAAAAGAUACUUAAAACUUUUCUUUUAAUAUCCAAUAAGAAUAUGAAAUCCUAUGACAUUGUUAGUUAUUAUUAAUAGUGGA